CCAACAUGUCUGCGUCAUUUUCAGUCCGGCAUAAACUUCUUCGGCAGGUAUCGGUAGGGUUAACUGCUGCCAGAUGUUUCACAAAGGUAUCAGGAUUAAAUGAUGUUGUGAUUGUGAGUGCGGUGAGGACCCCCAUAGGGUCGUUCAGAAGUACCCUGAGUGCUGUCCCCGCUACACGCCUCGGGUCCAUCGCCAUACAAGAGGCUGUGAAGAAUGCGAGUGUGGCACCUGAUGCUGUCCAGGAGGUGUACAUGGGUAAUGUGGUACAAGCCUGUUUGGGGCAGGCUCCCGCUCGGCAAGCUGCACUCGGGGCAGGCCUGCCCAUAUCCACGCCAUGUACCACUGUGAAUAAAGUUUGUGCAUCUGGCAUGAAGUCCAUCAUGUUAGCAGCUCAGAGCCUCAUGUGUGGUCAUCAGGAGGUGAUGGUGGCAGGUGGUAUGGAGAGCAUGUCUAAUGCUCCGUAUUACAUGUCAAGAGGGGAGUCACCAUACGGAGGUGUUCAGCUUAUAGAUUCUAUUGUCCAUGAUGGGUUGACAGAUGCAUAUGACAAAAUUCAUAUGGGCUCAUGUGCAGAAAUGACAGCCAAAAAUUUGAAGAUUAGCCGAGAGGAGCAGGACGAGUUUGCCAUCAACAGUUAUAAAAAAAGUCAAGCUGCAGCAGCCUCUGGAGCGUUCAGGAAGGAGAUUGUGCCUGUGGAAAUUCCCCAGCGAAAAGGAGAUCCAGUCAUUGUCAGUGAAGAUGAAGAGUACAAAAAAGCUAAUUUUGACAAAUUCAAAACUCUAAAAACAGUAUUCCAGAAGGAGGGAGGUACGGUGACAGCAGCCAACGCCAGCACCCUGAAUGAUGGAGCAGCCGCACUGGUAUUGAUGACUUCACAGGCUGCAGAGAAACUUGGGGCCAAACCUCUGGCCAGGAUUCUGGGUUUUGCUGAUGCGGCUCUGAAACCGGUUGAUUUCACGAUAGCUCCAGCUGAAGCCAUGCCAAAGGUGUUACAACAGACAGGAGUGAAGAAGGAGGACAUUGCGAUGUUUGAGAUCAACGAAGCCUUCAGCGUUGUGGUACUGGCUAAUAUCAAACUGUUAGAUCUGGACCCCAGCAAAGUUAACAUCCACGGCGGGGCAGUCAGCAUUGGACAUCCUAUUGGUAUGUCUGGUGCCCGUAUAACAGCCCACAUGGUGCACACACUGAAGCCUGGUGAGAAGGGACUGGCAGGGAUCUGUAACGGAGGGGGUGGGGCAUCAGCGCUACUCCUGGAGAAACUGUAACCCUGUACCCCUUAAAUUUCCAAGGCACAAUAGGCUGGUGCCUAUGCAUACAGUAACAUAUCACUAUGACAUGUGCAUUAUCUGUGAAAUACUAAACAGUAUACUGUGAUACCUGAGUGAGUCAUUGAUUGAUUUAUUGAUGGAUUGGGUAUGGUUCACUUUGGUUGAAUAUAGAAAACUUAUGUUUAGACUGAAGAGAACAGAUUAAAAUUCAGUUUUAACUUUUUUUAAAUCUGGAUUUUUAUCAGUCUAGCCAUAAGCAUACUGACUUACUGUGAAAUUAUUUUAGCCCACAAGAAAGCCAGUAAACAACAUGUCAUUUGCAAAGCCAGAAACUCUAUAAUAAUUUUGUAAAAUUUGUUCCUAUGCAUACAUAUAGUUGUAUGUAAGUCAAAGUCUGAUCUCACUGUACACUGGGUUAAUGAAAAAGUGUACCUAAUGCACUGUUACAUUAUCAUUAGUGAAGCCAUCUUGCCUCAGGGUAUAUGUAUGUUAUUUGUGCCAUUACCAACAUGACACAUCUGUUGGACGGUCCGCCAGCAACCUGCAGAUGGUCGUGGGUUUCCUCUGUGCUCGGCCAUAUAGGUGAAAUAUUCUUGAGUACAGCAUAAAACACCAAUCAAGUAAAUAGAUCAAAUCCUAGUCUAAUUGUGUCACCAGUGAAAAUUAAAUGAGGUAGAGCCAGAGCAGUGACCUGUGGGUGGCCUAAAAGUGCCAAUAAUGUGACAUAGUGCUAUAUUGAAGUUGAAUGUGUGAAGUACAUAUGAGAUCCAUGAUGUUUCAACUAAUCCAUUCUUUUAUCUUGUUCUGUUGAGAUCUGAUAACUGUUUUUUGCACUGGACCAUUUUAGAAGUAAAUGUUGGUAGCUUGUUUGUUAUGGAUUUUUUUUUUUUUGACAAUAUUCUCUAUCUUCAGGGAAUUCCCUUAUGUUGUUUUAGGGCUGUUCAGUUCUGCAGGAGAGGAAUGCCUAUACAGAUAUGCACAGAUCUGUUAUUGUUAUCUUGGGGACAUUUUGAAUAAGUGUAGAUGAAGGACAGAUGUGUUGAAUGAAGACAAUUACACUUUUUGGCUGACCAAAUUUGUUUUGUUUCAUGAUGUUGGUUUAAGUAUAUUCAAGUAAAGCAUAUAUGAAGUAAAAUAAACUUUUAUAAAUACAGUGCCCUUCCCAAAUUAUCCCUUAAAGUGAAAAUCUCUGCGGCUCUGUUAAACUUUUUGUGGGGCAAUGAUUGGUAGAGAGAUCUGGUGUGACCGUUUGUUCGUGGAAGGAUCCUUGUCUUCCGCAUUAAGUGACACAUUGGAUAGUUUGUCAGUAAGUUGCCAAAGGUGGGCAGUUUAUUUCAAGUACCCCAUCUUCCUCCACCAUCUGACCUCCAUUGCAUAAGGUAAAAAUUCUUAACUAUGGUGUUAAACAACAAUGAUAAUCAUCAGUUUCUAGAGGAACAGGUUUUCUUAUCCAUGAAUGGGGUGUUAAAUUCAUGUCAGGUUACACAUUUCACACAAAAACUCACAAAAACACAGGGAAUUGUGCACACAAAACUGUUAUUAUUUUGGUUUUCCAUUACAACAUAUUUAAUUUCCUUAGAUAUUUGUGCCAUGAUUGUUGUUAUCACAGUGUUGGGGUUUGCUACAAAAACUGUAAACGUAGUACAGUAAUGUGGAUUUUCCAAACUUUAUUCUGCAUAUAACAUCAUAAUUUACUUCAAUUUAGAUAUAUUAUUAUAAGAAUUGGGUUUGGUUUGUGUAUGUGUUUCCAAUGUUUGUAAUGUAUUUAAUUGGAACUUCAGCAUUUCUGUUUUAUGUUCAGUGAUGUGAAAGAAAAUAUUACUGAUAUGCUACAUGAAACUGAGUGUAUAGAGUUAGAACAUGGCAUGUGCGUGUGUGUGUGUGUGUG